CUGCUAAGCCCUGAAUGCCAUCUUUUUCGAUCUGUUGACCACUAUGUUGUUCGGUCUGUUGUGGCACUAUGGUCACCAAUUCGCAAGAGAUUCCAGAUCCAGACACUAUUGCACAAUUGUGCUUUUCCAAAUUUAAAAGCCUGCCUAAAACUGGUAAACCAGGUGCUUCGGAAUGGACAGUGUUGGCGGGAGUUGUUAUGCACAAUUGCAACAAUGCCACAAACGAAGUAAUCUCUCUAGGAUGUGGAACCAAAUGUAUUGGGAAGAGCAAAUUAUGUCCUAAAGGUUUAAUACUCAAUGACUCACACGCUGAGGUGUUGGCCCGUAGAGGUGUACUGAGGUGUUUUUAUUAUCAAUUGCAGCAAACAUUGAAGGCCAAUAAUGAUACUGUCUUCGAGUGGAUACCAGAGAAGAAUAAAUGCAGGUUGAAAGAAGGUAUAAGCUUUCAUUUCAUAUGUACCCAGACUCCAUGUGGGGAUGCCUGUAUAAUUGGUAAUGGAGGUGAUAAAGUGGAUGGCGAACCACUUAGCAAAAAAUCAAAACUUGACGACUGUGAAGUAAAGGAUAACACAAAUGAGAAUUGUGGUGACAUGGUUUAUACAGGAGCUAAACUGUUGGGUUCUGAUCAUGUAGAUGCCAUUGACCAAAUAGUCGGUGCUGUGCGAACGAAACCUGGACGAGGUGAGAGAACUCUCUCUAUGAGUUGCAGUGAUAAACUAGCUAAAUGGCAGGUAAUGGGAUUUCAAGGAGCACUACUGCACAUGCUUCUAGAUGCUCCGAUAUAUUUCAAAACAUUAAAUUUCUGUCAAACAGAUUAUAAUGCUUUGGAAAGGGCCAUUUGGAAACGAUUUGAAAAGGCAACCUAUAGUCAUCACAAAUUUAACUUACACAAACCGCAAAUUAGAAUUUAUAAGACAGAAGGUUUUCCCCAUAUUCAAAACGAACUGAAACAACCAUCACCUAAUGGCUUAGUGUGGUGUAAUAUUCCAGCUACCAUGAGACCCUAUGAAAUAUCGGUCAAUGGAAAGCGUCAAGGUGUUACUAGAAAAAAGUUGAAUACCCAUGCGGCCGCCUUAUCAGUGGCAAAAAUAAAUCUAUUUAAGAAUUUCGUGGACACAGUACAAUUACAAAAAAAUAUAUCGAGAGAAUAUGAAAAUUUGCAAUCCAUAUCGUAUUUUGAUGUAAAAUCAAAAUCUGUCGAAUAUCAAGAUGCUUGGUUGCAACUUAGGGAGAAGUAUUUCCAACAAUGGACGAAAAAACCAAGCGAUUCACUUAUGUUUACUAUUCAAGAUGCUGAAACGAAUGAAAAUAUGAAAGAAUUGAAAAUGAAUAAAGUUGACAGUGUAUAAGAACAUAAUUUAA